GUGUGCGCUCCAUGUGAACUCAGACCGGGAUCCGAAAAGACGAGUGCGGGGCUGUGUGGGUCUCCGACGGGAUCGACUUUGGGGUUUUGCUUGGUUUUUCUGGAUAUUCAGUAAGACCGUAAAAAUGUCAUCCAAACAAGAAAUAAUGAAUGACCAGCGGUUUAGGAGGGUUUCAAAGGAUCCCAGAUUUUGGGAAAUGCCAGAGAAGGACCGAAAAGUCAAAAUUGACAAGAGAUUUCGAGCCAUGUUUCAUGACAAAAAGUUUAAAUUGAACUAUGCUGUUGACAAAAGAGGGCGCCCUAUCACCCACAGCACUACGGAAGACCUGAAACGCUUCUAUGACCUUUCAGACUCUGAUUCUGAUCUCUCUGAUGAAGAAAGCAAAGUACUGGACCAAAAGAAAGUAAAGCAGAAAAAGAAACAGACUGAAAAAGAAGUGGAGUCAAAAAUGCUGAUUGAGGAGAAAAAGAAAGAAACCAAAAAAAUUGAUCAGAAGGAUCCUAUAAAUAAAAAUGAUUUAGAUAAUUCUGAAAGAAUUCAAAAAAUGAAAAAUGUGUGUAAAUCUCAAAAGGCAAAUUCAGAAAUAAGUCCCAAAAAGGAUAGUGAAGAAUUUCCACAAAAUACAAAAAAGAAAAGGAACAUCACCGACCACAGUACAGAUUCUUUGCCCAAAGGAAAACCAAGGACCAAAAAUUCCAGUACCCCUGAAAUUGUGAAAUCUCCAACAAUCACUUGUUCUAAGGCAAAAAGAGAAAAGCAAUCAGUGCUUCCAGUCGUUCUGGCAAGAGAAAAAGAUGCCCUGGAGGAAGAUUCAGACAGUGCUAGUGAGAUAGGAAGUGAUGAGGACUCUGAAGAUGAAGUCACAAGUGAUGAUAGAACUUCAGCUGAUGAUGAUGAAGAGGAGGAAGAGGAAGAGGAGGAGGAAGACAGUGAGGAGGAGGAUGAAAGUGACAGUGGUCCUGAUCUGGCAAGGGGUAAAGGAAAUAUCGAAACUAGUUCUGAAGAUGAAGACGAUUUUGCAGAUCUGUUUCCGGAAGAACCUGGUUUUGAACAUGCUUGGAGAGAAUUAGAUAAAGAUGCUCCUCGGGCUGAUGAGAUUACACACCGACUAGCAGUUUGCAACAUGGACUGGGAUAGAUUAAAGGCAAAAGAUUUGCUGGCUCUGUUCAAUUCUUUUAAGCCCAAAGGAGGAGUUGUUUUUUCUGUAAAGAUAUAUCCUUCGGAGUUUGGAAAGGAGAGGAUGAAAGAAGAGCAAGUUCAAGGACCAGUAGAGUUAUUGAGUAUUCCUGAGGAUGCCCCCGAAAAAGACUGGGCCUCUAGAGAGAAGCUGAGAGACUAUCAGUUCAAACGAUUGAAAUAUUAUUAUGCAGUAGUGGAUUGUGAUUCUCCUGAAACAGCAAGUAAGAUUUAUGAAGAUUGUGAUGGCCUGGAAUUUGAAAGCAGUUGUUCUUUUAUAGACCUAAGGUUUAUACCAGAUGAUAUUACUUUUGAUGAUGAGCCCAAGGAUGUGGCCUCAGAAGUUGAUCUAACAGCAUAUAAACCAAAAUAUUUCACAUCCGCUGCAAUGGGAACAUCAACGGUGGAGAUCACUUGGGAUGAGACUGAUCAUGAAAGAAUCACAACACUUAACAGAAAGUUUAAAAAGGAGGAGCUUUUGGACAUGGACUUCCAGGCCUACUUAGCUUCCUCUAGUGAGGAUGAAGAAGAGGAAGAAGCACCACAAGGUGAGGAUGGAGUCAGUGUAGAAGAUGGGAAAACAAAGAAAUAUCAGAAGGAUGAUGAAGAACAAAUUGCUAAAUAUAGAGAGCUCUUGCAAGUUAUUAAAGAAAAAGAAAAAAAAGGAAAAGAAAAUGAUAUGGAAAUGGAGAUCAAGUGGGUUCCAGGCCUUAAGGAAAGUGCAGAAGAAAUGGUCAAAAACAAGUUGGAGGGAAAGGAUAAGCUGACCCCUUGGGAACAAUUUUUAGAGAAGAAGAAAGAGAAGAAAAGACUGAAAAAGAAACAGAAGGCUCUUGCUGAAGAAGCCAGUGAAGAUGAGCUUCCCUCUGAUGUUGAUUUGAAUGAUCCCUACUUUGCUGAAGAAGUUAAAAAAAUAGGUAUAAAGAAAAAAUCAACGAAAUGUGCAAAGGGCAGCACAUCUUCAGAGGAAGAAACUGAGCUAGAAAAACAAAAGGCUGAAAUGGCCUUGCUUGUAAUGGAUGAGGAAGAAGACAGCAAGAAACACUUCAAUUAUGACAAGAUUGUGGAACACCAGAAUCUGAGCAAAAAGAAGAAGAAAAAGCUUAUGAAAAAGAAGGAGUUGCUUGAGGAUGACUUUGAGGUAAAUGUUAGUGACGCACGGUUUCAGGCAAUGUACACUUCACACUUAUUCAAUUUGGAUCCUUCUGAUCCUAAUUUCAAGAAGACAAAAGCUAUGGAAAAAAUUCUUGAAGAGAAAGCUCGGCAACGAGAACGAAAAGAAGAACUACUUACUCAAACAGUGGAGAGAGCUCAGCAGGACACGGGAAAGGCGGCACAGAAGCAGCACUCAGAUCCUGCCUUGUCUUUGCUGAUUAAAUCCGUGAAAAACAAAACAGAGCAAUUCCAAGCUAGAAAAAAACAGAGAGUCAAAUAACCAGAGAGUCAAAUAACUGGACACUGUCUCUGUGCUCUCAAGUACACAGAAAUAGUUUAAGGGUUAAUGGGAAUGUAGCUGUCUUAACCCCAGCACUCGGGAGGCAGAGGCAGGAGGAUCUCUGUGAGUUCGAGGCCAGUUUGGUCUACAAAAUGAGAUCCAGGACAGGCUCCAAAGCCAAACAGAGAAACCCUGUCUCAAAAAUUAAAAAACAAACAAAAAUAUGUGUAAAAAAAAUGGUGUCCAUUUUUUUGUGUACAGAUGAAAAACAAAUUUUUAAAAAGUAUAUAUGGAUAUGUACAUAUAUAUAUACAUAUAUAUGUUUAUAUAGUACCUUAAUGUCUCAAAACUCAGGAAGCAGAGCUAAAGAUAAUUUAUUUUUGUAGCAUAAAGGAUGAAGCUGUGAACUUUUUUCCAUGCUUAGUAAUUUGCAUGUAGAGCUGAUGUAUGAGCAGAAGUGCACAGUGUCUCUACUAGUUUGCGUUUUUGCUAGUUUUUAUAGUGUCGGUUUGCCUCAUAUAUAUACUUCAAGCAGACUAUUCUGAAAAAAAUAACUGAAAUAAGACUUUAACUGAUGAACAAAACAGUUCCUUGGAAAGAGUUUCAUUUUUAUAUUGCGCAUAAUUUCGUUUGAAGGGCUUGUGGACUCUGCAUUCAUGUUUCUAUUUGUAGCAACAACAACAAAAAUCCUUCUGUUCUUUAGAUUUUUUAUAAUGUUUUGGAAGGGUAGGUAUACUAGAAUAAAGGGAAUCCCACUUCUUUGUAAAAUUAAAGGACAUCUUCAAGACUAAUGCCCUUUGGUUUAUCUGGUAUAGAUUUUAAGAGCUAUUAACUGACCACUCACACAGGAAAACUGGAUGUGUUGCAUAUAAGUAAAAGGAAAUAAAACCAAAAUGGACUGUAGCGAUUAACAAUACAGCCUUCUUUUGAAAGACAGUACAAAUUCUGUAGGUUUGUUUUAUACUAAAGUUACCAUCUUUAGCAUAAAAGCCUGUUUACCAAGAAAGCAUAUUUAUUAAAGAUGAAAAUCUCAGAGCAAUAUCAAAAUCCUAGCAGUUUCUAAAAAGGGGGUGAUUUAGAAGUUCGUUGUAGAUUCAUAGAUGGGAAUGAGGUACCAUUGCUCCUAUUCUAGGAUCUUUUUAGAGGGUUGCUUGCAGACACUGGGAUGAGGCAUGGGGAGGUAGUCUGUCCAUCCCCUUGGCAUAUACAAGGUGUCCGAAUAGCCUCAGUUGUUAUAGCCUUACUUUUGCAUCUGGGCAGGGUUAGGAGACUACAAGGAACCAAGGGUCAGAACUCCCUUUGAGCAUUCCUGGCCUUAGACAAAGACUGAGCUCCUAUUUGGGAUCCCUGCACGACCUGACCAGCUUCUACCUCAAGUUCUCAGCAGUUUCAUUACU